AUGUUCCAAUAUCUUUCGACAUGGUUUGAUUUUCGAGCGAUUACAAAUCAUCCCAUGGCUUCAACUUAUUGGGCGUCACUAAACAAUCAAAUAUGUGCGCGGUACAGAGGCCGUAAAAAUAAUGCAAAAAACCGAUCCGCUAGAAACAAUCGACAGUGUUGGAAUGUUACUAUUGACUAUUUCUUAACAGAAAAACAUCAAAAACGAUCCGCUAGAAACAAAGAAUGCUGGAAGAAGCAAGUGGUGAAGAAUCGUGGAGGGACGUGCAGCUAUUGUAGUGCUUGUUUCAAGAAACUAAGACUUGAAGUAUUUCAUCAUACGCAUGUGAAUAAAAAAGGGGAAUUUGUUGAUCCUUUGGUUGAAGAGCAAUAUAAUGUCUUAGUUGUUGAGGUUGCUCUACAGACUUAUCACAUAGUCGACUUUGGUGGUGAUCCAUAUACUAUUGAUUGGAUCACAAUAUCUCAGAAUGUGUUGGGUUCACGAAGGGGGCAUGUGAAAGGCAUUGAGCCUAAACCUUCUUUAGCUGCGGGUACAAGUGCUUCAUCCCAAUGA